ACACCGUUAAAAGCCGACCGACAGAAAAUGGCGUCCGCCUGAAAAUUGUUGUCUCUCUUUGCUAAAAAAAACGCUUAAUCGACCCAACAACAAGGUGAAAAGAUGGCCCUGCCCAGCAACUACAAGCAGAUAGCCGUUGGCGCUCCGGGACCUGGUCCGGCGACCCCGCUGCAGGGUGUUGUAGGCGGCGGCGGCGGUGGGUCCAGCGGCGGCAGCCGGUCACGUUCAGCCGGCGGCGGCGGUGGAGCCGAUCGCAACAAGGACCAGACGCCCAUCUUCACGCACAGUAACUACGGCAACCCGGCAUUCACCCCGCAGAAGGUGACCAAAUCCUCGAGCAGCAAGAACCAAAAUGAAUCGAGGCUUCCGAAGCCGCCGAAACCGCCGGAGAAGCCAAUUCUGCCGUACAUGCGAUACUCGAAACGCGUGUGGGACAGCGUCAAGGCUCAGCAUCCCGAACUGAAGCUCUGGGAGCUGGGCAGAAAGAUCGGGGCGAUGUGGAAGCUGCUCGGCGAGGACGAGAAGACCGAGUUCAUCGACGAAUACGAGGCGGAGAAACUGGAGUACGAGAAGUCCCUGAAGGCCUACCAUCAGACGCCCGCCUAUCAGGCCUACAUGUCGGCCAAAAGCAAGGUGAAGACAGACGUCGAUAUGCACGAGACCCCGUCCCGCGGCGGCGGCAGUAAGUCGCAGCACGAGAGACGCAUCGACAUCCAGCCGGCCGAGGAUGAGGACGACCAAGACGAGGGUUAUACCGCCAAGCACAUGGCCUAUGCCCGCUACCUCAGAAACCAUCGGUUGAUCAACGAAAUAUUCUCGGAGGCCGUUGUGCCCGAUGUCCGGUCCGUGGUCACGACCACGCGGAUGCAGGUGCUCAAGCGCCAGGUGAGUUCACUGACCAUGCACCAAACCAAACUGGAAGCGGAGCUGCAGCAGAUGGAGGAGAAGUUCGAGGCGAAGAAGCAGCGCAUGGUGGAAUCAAGUGAGGCGUUCCAGGAGGAGCUGAAGCGCCACUGCAAACCAGCCGUGGACGAGGACACCUUCCAGAAGAUGGUGCACCGCAUGUACGAGGACAUCAAGCGUGAUCGCCAGCGAUUGGAUGAGCCGCCCAGUGCGAAUAACUCGACGAAUCCUGGUGGCGCUCCAGCUGCUGCUGCUGCUGCUGCAGGCAGUGCUGCAGCAGGACCUGUGACGAGGAGCGAGGAGACGGCCGCCAAGCCGCCUACGCAGCCGGGACAGCCAAGUGCCACGCCCGCUAGCCAAGAAGCACCAACGACGCCGGCAACAGCAACUCCACCUGCCAAGGAAACACCGCCAGUUGUGAAGCCACCCACUGCCAAUCCCGCUCCAAACGCCACGCCCAACACCACGCCUGCGCCACCGGUGCACGUCCAUGAGACGGCCAGCAAAACGGAUCCCGAGCCCAUGGACAUUGAGCCGCCACCGAAGCCCUCGGUGCCGCCGCCGCCCAUAAAGCCGGAGAAGCUGGAGAUGGCCGCUGCCCUGCCGCCGCAGUCAACGCUCGUGGAGCCACCAAAAUCGGAGCCCGCCAAGGUGCUGGCCCAGCCCGGCAAGGUGCCCACACCAGUUCCGACGCCCACGCCGCCGCCCGAGGUGAUUCCAGUGGUCGGAUCGGCAGCUCCUCCUGCGACGACAGCGACUGCAGCUGCGGCUGCGGCCGCGGCAACAACAACGGCGACGACACCCACGCCACCACCGGUGCAACAGCAACAGCAGCAGCAGGUGCCGCUGCCGCAACAACAGGGAGCACCAGCUCCGCCGCCAGGUAUGCCCCAGAUGCAUCCACAUCCCGGCCAUCCGCCGCCGGGACACUCGCUGAUGCCACCGCACAUGGGACCGCAUCAACCGCCGCCCGGAAUGCCGGGCUUGCCGCCACCGCCGCCGCACACAGGUUACGCCAACUACGGCGGACCGCCGCAUGGACCACCGCCCGGUCCGCCCGGAGGACCCGCCAGGCCGUACUACCAGCCGCAGUACGGUGGUCAUCCCACACCGCAGCCCUACUACGCGCCCUUCUCGCCGUAUCAGCAGUCCUACGGCCCGCCUCCCGGCUCGCAUUACAUGUCCCCGCGUCCGCCGCCGCCGCAGCAUAAUGGCAAUCCGGGACAUCCGUAUGCACCCGAACACGGCAGCAAUCCGCCGCCACCGCAACAGCAGCAGCAGCAGCAACAACAACAACCGCCGCCGGGUCACCUGCAUGGAGAGCCCACAGGAGGGGGACCAGGAGGACCUAAUCCCGGUGCAGCCGGACCACCAGCAGCAGCGGCCGGAGCAGGAGGCUAUCCCACUGCCGGGCCAGGAGCGGGACCUGGAGCACCGCCGGCAGCAGGAGGAGCACCGCUGGGCGAGGCAGCUGUGUCCGGAGGAGCUGCACCACCGCCAACGGCGACUGGCAAACAUCCCGAGGCGGAAAAACAUGAGGCGGAUUGAGAAGGAGGCGGAGCCCUCCAGACCUCCAGCUCCAACUAGCUUAAGUCCCUAACUUAUACAUACAUGAAUUGAUCCCUGUGUUGUAAAAUAGCUGUCCCCCGUUUUGAAACUACUCGACUUGCUCGCUGUACACCGAAAUGCCCUUUGCUCUGAUCGCUGUUUGAGCUCUCCCAUCAACUCCAUUCGUAAUUAAGUUUAAAAUCCAUUUUUUUUUCUUACGGCCCGAUUUUAAUAUUUUAAUUGAGUGUCACAUUAUAAAGUGUAAUGCUAAAUAUACGAGUAAAAUAAAUGUACGUUUAUAUGUAAAUUAAGCAAA